AAGAUGAAGAUAUCGUUUCUCCUAUUUGGUAUUUUAUUUGCCACAGUGGCUGUAUUCGGAGCAGGUCUAUUGGACGAAGGACCCGCUGCAGACACGAAGCAGCUCCCGAGAAAAGCGAGUUUACAUCUCCGGAAGAAAAGACAAGAACCAAUUCCUGCCCUGUUUUCUGGAAGUGGUAUGGUAGCACCUGUUGCCGUCCAUAAUGCCCACGGUGCCGAAGACGGCGAUGGCAAAGACAAGGAUGCAAAGCACGAUGUGGAUGUGAAAGUGGACAUUAACGCUCACAAAAUCCGAUUGGCCUCCAUCGACAUAGACGUCGACAUUGGUCGGUAACGUUCUCAUUCUGGUAUUGUGAGACAAGGAUGAAAUAGAUGUCUUAAUUUGGAUUAUCCAUCUUUCUCGUUUAUGUAUAUAAUUUCGUUGAGAGUGCUGUGGUGUCGCAUGUUUGUUUAU